CACUUGACCACGUCUCUCUUUCUCCAUGUUUGGCCCCUUACCCUCCUCAUCUUCGUCAUCUCACCCAAAUAAUUUCGCCAGAUAGGAAAUUCCCAAUCUGUGUCGUCGCUGUUGCAGUUGGAGAGAGCUCUUUGAUCAACCCACAAGGCUUAAUUCACAGGCCCUUAGAUACCCAGACUUUUCUUGCUACCAUCAGUGUUUUGGCGGCCAUUGUUCUAUCUCUGUUCCUGGGCUUCAAGGAUCCAUAGAUGGGACAGAUUCUUGGGACAAGCCGUAAGGUGUCCCCUUUUCAUCAAACUCAUAUCUUCACUAAUCCAUCUCUUGAGUUAUUUCCUAAUGAUGAUGCGGGGUGUCCCGAUGAGCAUUCAAAUGAUCAAACUACCAUAGUUCCUAUUUUAGAAGAUGUCUCUUCUACGGAUAUUGCACUUGGAACAAAUGAGAUUGAAAAUCCACCAGUUCCCUCCUUUUUCAAUCAUCCUACUCGGCAAGCUAUGAAAGAGGAAUUACAAGCUUUGGAAAAGAUAGCUGGUUGUUCACCCGAGUUGGCUCCAGUUCAAAUCAGGGGUUAUGUCCUCCUGGCACCAUUCUUUGGCGGGACAGUCAGAACCCGAUCGGAGGCAGAAGGACCCAAAGACGCCUUCCUGAAUCUCGAACUCAUUGAUAGGUAUUGGAGGUUGUCUAUUCCAGUCGGAGAAACAACGGACCAUCCCCUGGUGAAUCCAUUCGGGCCAGCAAGUCAAAGCCUUGAAUUUCUGAAACUUGAUCCCAUCCUGGUGAUGGUUGGUGGAAGCGAUCUGCUGAGAGAUCGAAUUGAAGAAUACGCCGAGAGGUUGAAGAAGUUGGGGAAGAAGAUAGAGUACGUGGAAUUUGAAGGAAAACAGCACGGCUUCUUCACCAUUGAUCCAAACUCGGAAGCAGCCAACCAGUUGAUGCUCAUCAUCAAACGUUUCAUCACUGAAAACUCCGGAUGAGCUGGAAUGUCUCUAAUAAAUGGAAUUUUCUGUCUUCUCUCCAUGGAACCAUACUUUGGUCACAUCAUCAUUUAGGUAUUCUGUGCUUCAUUUCAUCCAUAUGCAUAAUGAGGAGUGCUGGGGACACUCUUUAGCACCUUCUGUUGAACACUCUUUAUGUGAUUAGCUCACGUGGAACAUAAAUAUAAUUUGAUUGGUGAU